AUGAGAGAUGCUGGUCGAUUCCCGGGAUCCGCCAGCUCGCGGUUCUCUGGUUCUCUCUUCAAUGAGGGAUCCCCUGUGACCAAUGCGGUAUCUGCUUUGGAAAUGCUGUCUCAUCUGUGCAUGGAAAGCCACUGGGAAUGGAUUGAUGGGAUGCUACUUGGUGGCUGUUUGGCUUAUGGAUUGGGUGAUUACCACAAAGCUAUGCGCUGGUAUUCCAGGAUUAUCGCUCGCGACUCAACACACGUGGAAGCUAUUUCUAACCUUGCCGCAACGCUGUUGGCGCUGGACCGGCGAGAAGAGGCCCAGCAGAAUUGGCUGCGUGCCGUGAAAUUACGGCCUAGUUUCUUUGAGGCUGUCGAACAUUUGAUUGGCCUCUUGUGCACCAGCCAUCGUGGCAGGGAAGCCGUCAAUCUCAUCGAAUUUGUUCAGAACUCGCUCCGCCAUCCGCAGGAUGGUGAUUGCUUCAAGGUAGAUGAGCAUACCAGCGAGUCGGAGAGCGAUGCCGAGAGUAACGUGUCCGAUGUUGGCAUGUGCGACAAGGUAUCGAUUGAAUCUGGGCUCGCUCGAUAUCACUACCCCCUUGGCUUUGCGACUAGCGGGUAUGCUAUCCCCGGCUCUGACAAUGGGCGAAUGCUCGCACUGGUUCAUGCCAAGGGGAAUAUGCUGUAUGCUCUUGGCGACAAUGCGGGGGCGGCAUCUGCUUUUGAAGAUGCGGUUUUGAUUGCCGCUGGGAGACGGCGGCAUGGUAUCCAGAGCCUCAUCAAGCAGAUAUUUGCCGCCUUUUCUCAUCGGCCAAGUAACGGCUAUCACCAGCCCGAGACUGAGUCCAACGAGAGCGUUCUCUUGUAUCCUGACAGAGCUCUGCAGACAUCCAAACUCGUCUUCCGGGCCGGUGGGACCCCGCCAGGGCUGAAGUACGUUGCUGAAGGUAUCUCCCGAAACGCUGCCGUGUCCACCACCAGUAACUCGCUCCUAUCGCUUGCAAAGAUUUACCAGGAUGGAAUGUCGACCGUUUCAUCCGGUGCUCCAAAGUCCACACCCGGUGUGCGGGAUAUCCUCGCCCUCUACUACCUUUCUCUUUCUUUACAGCCGAGUCCUUCUACAGCCAACAACGUUGGAAUCUUGUUGGCUGGCAUUCAAAAUAACCCACCAGCUAGAGGGUUGGUUCGUCCCAAUGGCGAGAGCCAGCAUCCUGAGAUCCCAGGUGUUGUGCCCGGCAGCGGAAUUUCUCUGGCAUUGGCAUACUACAACUACGGCUUGCAUCUUGACUCUCGCCAUGCCCACCUGUAUACCAACCUGGGCAGUUUGCUGAAGGACAUUGGUCAACUCCAGGCUGCUAUCAAGAUGUAUGAGCAAGCUGUCCAGUGCGAUGGUAAUUUUGACAUCGCUCUGGCCAACUUGGCCAACGCCGUCAAGGACGCUGGUCGGGUCAAUGAUGCUAUCUCGUACUACAAGCGCGCUGUCAAGGUAAACCCGGAAUUCGCCGAGGCUGUUUGUGGCUUGGCCAAUGCGCUGAACUCGGUGUGCAACUGGGUCGGUCGUGGAGGCAUUGUCCAUAGCCGUGGCUUCCGUGAUCGCUGGCAUGUGGACGACAAAGGCAUGCUUCGAGAUGCUCAAAGCAAUGAAACAGGCGCUGGCUGGAUCAAGCGAGUGGUGGAUAUUGUCGACCGACAACUCCGGGAAGGUGAAUACUGGGGCCGGGGUCUGUUGACUCCAAGCACCGCCGAGCACUUUGUUGCUCAAUUGGCGACUGCUUUGGAGUCGGGCCGCUUUGGCUCGAGUCGGAGGUCGUCCCUGGCCAAGAUUCUCCAGUCGUGGGCCGGGAAGAAAUGGGAAGGCUCUCGUAUUGUCCGUCUCAUUGAGCGUGCCAUCCGGUCAAUCACAUGGCAGUGGUAUCAGGACCGCUAUGUCUAUGGCAAGGACUAUCCUGCUUCGAAGUAUCGUCGACCUCAACUCCCAACCACACUCACGGCUCCAAACGCCCCGACAGUCCUGCCUUUCCAUACCUUCACCUGCCCACUCUCUGCCAAGCAGAUCCGACAGAUCUCCCAGCGCAACGGCCUGCGCAUCUCAUGCUCGACCUUGCGACUACCCUGGCUCCCUGCGACAGUCUAUCGGCCACCCUCUCCUCCUAAUCCGUACCUUCGAGUCGGCUAUGUGUCCUCGGACUUUAAUAACCAUCCCCUGGCCCACCUGAUGCAGUCAGUAUUUGGGCUGCACAAUCCCAGCAAGGUCAAAGCGUACUGCUAUGCCACCACUGCCAGCGACAGGUCCCUCCAUCGCCAACAGAUUGAGAGGGAGGCGCCUGUCUUCCAUGACGCCAGCGGAUGGCCGGUGGACCGGCUAGUCCAGCAAAUAGUUGACGAUGGGAUUCACAUCCUGAUCAAUCUGAAUGGCUACACUCGCGGAGCCCGCAAUGAAGUCUUCGCCGCACGGCCUGCACCCAUCCACAUGUCCUUCAUGGGCUUCGCUGGAACUCUUGGCGCAGAGUGGUGCGAUUACAUCCUUGCUGAUCAGAUUUCGAUUCCGCCCGAGACCCUGAGCCCUGGACGACGCACUACGCGCAUCGAGGAUCGGAUCCUCGAAGAGGACAAUGGCGAGGAACUUGAAGACUGGGUCUACGGCGAGAAGAUCGUUUUCACGCGGGAUACGUUCUUCUGCUGCGAUCAUCGGCAGAGCGCCCCGGAUGCAGGUGAGCGACCGCUCUCGUGGGAUGAGGAACAGAUGCGCCGCUGGAGGAUGCGGAAGGAGCUGUUUCCCAAGCUGAGCGAUGAUACUAUAAUCCUCGGGAAUUUCAAUCAGCUGUACAAGAUUGAACCCACGACAUUUCGAACAUGGUUGCGCAUUUUAGCGCGCAUCCCUAACGCCGUCCUCUGGCUGCUCCGGUUCCCGGAGACGGGCGAACAGAAUCUGCGCGACAUCGCCAAGGCAUGGGCCGGGGAAGAAACAGCCUCCCGGAUCAUCUUCACGGACGUGGCGCCGAAGAAUACGCAUAUUGCGCGGGCCAAGGUCCUUGAUCUUUUCCUCGACACGCCCGAGUGCAAUGCGCACACAACCGCCACUGACGUCCUGUGGAGUGGAACCCCGCUGCUCACACUCCCGCGAUACAAGUACAAGAUGUGCUCGCGGAUGGCAAGUAGUAUCCUGAGCAGCGCACUCCCUAGUAGUGAGACCAGCCAACGGGCUCGAGAGGAGCUCAUCGCCUCGUCGGACGAUGACUACGAGAACAAAGCAAUCCGGCUGUGCAUGGACCUGCAAUAUGUGCCUGGCGGCGAGGGCCGCGCGCGCGGCCGGCUGGCCGACAUUCGACAGAUGCUGUUUAUGCAGCGAUACAAGAACAAGCUCUUCGACACCGCGCGCUGGGUGCGCGACCUCGAAGAUGCGUACGAGGCGGUGUGGGCGCAAUGGGUGAAUGGCGAAGAAGGCGAUAUCUGGUUAUGA